GAUGUGUGCACAGCUUGGACCACUGCCCUCCACCCGUGGCAGUAAAAUCAUCAAUGCCUUCAGAUUCAGCCCCAACAACAUACACAGUGCUCUAACAGCAGUGAUCCAAACACAGCAGACUGUGCUGGCAGCAGUGGGAGAAGAUGCUGAACUCAGCUGUCAGCUCUUGGAGACUAAAGACGUCCUUCAGGUCACAUGGCAGAAAAUCUCUCCUGAUGUUCAGGAAAAUGUUGCCACCUACAGCAAGUACUUUGGUGAGAAAGUGAAUGACAGGUUUACAGAUAAAGUUGAGUUUAAAUACACUGGACUACAAAACUGCUCCAUAGUCAUCAGGAAUGUGACGGAGCAGGAUGAAGGAUGCUAUCACUGUCUGUUUAACACUUAUCCUGAAGGCUCCUUCAUUGGUAGAACCUGCCUCCAAAUCUAUGAGCUGCAUGAACCCUUUGUUGAUGUCAGAGAGUCAAACUCUACUGAAGAGUGGGUUGUUUCCUGUUCAGCCACUGGUCGACCUGCUCCCACUGUAACACUCAGUGUCUCACAACAACACCUCAACUUCUCACAGUACAACACUGUCAAUGUGUCCAACACCAACGCUACAUUCACUGUCACCACUACAGCUGUGCUCUCAGGUUCACGUAACCACAGCACACAGGUGGGAUGUGCAGCACGAGUGCUCUCUGCUCCUCAGAGAGAGGUGAUGGUGACGAUUCCUCAUGAUAACGAGCUAGAUGAGAAAUCGGGAUCUGAUCCCAGGAAUUUAGGAAUCAGAAUUGCAGCCAUUCUGUUGUCUGUGAUGUUGUUGGUGGCCUGUGUUGCUGCAGUCAUCUUUGUCUGGUAUAGAAAGAAAUCUCAGAGCAGUCAGUCACACAGGCAGGUUGAGAUGAAUGUUAUACCUACCUGAAUCUACGAUGAGAAAUACAGGGGACUCCAACACCUUCAGGUAAACAACGUGACAAGUGGGUACCUGCUGACACCACAUGAUGAUCUGCGUCCCUCAUUUUCAACAGCAACAAAACUACAUAAUGAAAAAA